CUUCACAAUUCUCCUACAAUCCACUUCCACUACACUUCUCUUCUCUCUCUCUCUCUCUCUCUCUCUCUCUCUAUUUAUAAGAAAAACAAGAAAAACCAAUUUUUGAACUAUAUUUUUUCAAGAACCCAAAAAACCAAGAAAAUCAAGAAGUACUUGCACAGAGAAAACAUUUGAUGGGUACUUUGGUGGGUCAUGUAGCACCAGGAUUUGCUUUCUUUCUUCUUGGUUUUUGGCAUCUUAUUAAUCACAUAAAACUCCAUGCUCAACAACCCAAUUCUUAUACUUCACUUCCAUGGUUUCCAACUUCAAAAAUAAGGUACAUAGAGCUUUUCUUUAUCAUGUUAGGGAGCUCUAUCUCUGUAUCCAUGGAGCUAUUCAUUGGUCCUGAAAGGCACCAGCCUUUUGAUCCUGAUGGUACUAUUCCGUCCAAUCAUCUUCACAACUUUGAACAUUCUUCUAUAUCAAUGACCUUCUUUGUCUAUGCUGCUUUUGCUAUCAUUCUUGAUAAAAUUGGGCCCAAAACUCAAUAUGGUCUAACUCAGUUACUUGGAGCAUUAGCCUUUGGCCAACAACUUUUUCUUUUCCAUCUUCAUUCAGCUGAUCAUAUGGGUGUUGAAGGUCAAUACCAUUUGCUUCUCCAAAUUGUCAUAGUUGUUUCUCUAGCCACUACCCUUUUGGGUAUUCCCUAUCCUAGAAGUUUCUUGGUCAGUUUUGUUAGGUCAGCAAGUAUUAUGUUCCAAGGUAUUUGGCUAAUAACUAUGGGCUAUGUCCUGUGGACACCAUCUUUAGUACCCAAAGGUUGCUUCAUGCAUUUAGAAGAAGGUCAUAAAGUGGUUAGAUGUUCAGGUGAAGAGUCUUUACACAGGGCUAAAUCAUUAGUGAACAUUCAAUUCAGCUGGUUCUUGAUUGGAAUCACCAUUCUUGUGAUGUGCUUCUAUUUGGUGCUUCUCAAAUAUUAUGGUGAAAAAGUUGAGUACACUUCUUUAACAAAAGCAGAAGACCAAUUGCUAGAAGAGGACUCAUCAGAAUCAGAUCGUGAUGUUGAAUCACAAAAGAAAGUUACUACCAAAUUUGGUGCCAAUAACUCCAGCAGUUUCAUGCACAUAGGAAGAAGCUUUGCCCCAAUUGAUAUGGAAAGGUAAUAAAAGGAAAAAAGAAAAACAAGUAAAAAAGAGCAAAGAAAGGUGGCAAGAAGUGUGAAAGUAAAAGUGAUUUGGUAUGUAUGUGUACAAAUUAAUUUAGGUUGGUGGGAACCCACUAUCUUUGUUUAAUUAAGCACUCAAUAAUGUUUGCUUAAUGCAAAACAAUGACUUGGGAAAAAAAAAUAUGUGUGUGCUAAUUGGCAUAUAAUUAUUUGGCUUUUGCAUUAAUGGCCUAUUGGCUUUUAGCUUAGAGAGAGUCCUUUCUUCCUUUUUCUUUUCUUUGAUUCUAUUAUUUCUUUGGCAUGUUCAUUGUGUCCUUUGUACAGAAGAAGAAAAGAGAUGGUUUGUCAAACCAAGAUGUUGUUAAUUUGUAAUGUCUUGAGACCACCAACUGGUAAAAAGAACAAAAAAAUGUUCAUUUCAUCUAUGUAUGAUCAAAUUCUAUGUCUUCAAUAAUUUCUUCUUUUUAAA